AUGGUUGAAAAAGAAAUGUUAACAAAAAAGGUGGAACCAAGACGCAUUUCAUUUAUGAGCGAUGAGUCCACGCCGUAUGCUUCGUUGCUAAUAAAAUUGAGAGCUAGUCAAAGAGAUACUUCAAUAAACUCUAAUGAUACUACACCCCAAUACCUCACCUCUUUAAUGUCACAGCGCAGUGAAUCUUAUAGAUCGGGACUAGGUAUCCAACCGUCUAAUAAUUUUAAUGAAACUGGAACAUAUCUUUUGGACUUGGUGCGCUCCCGGAGCCGCGAAGCUGAAGAUGAAGUACGGGAUCAACCCUUAAUAUUACCACGUGAAGAUACUGUUAAUGAUGCAAAUAUAAACGACGCCUGCAUACACGGCCUGAGCAUUCGUAUGACGGAGCGCAGCGUGUCUCGUUCACGAGUCUCCCGGAUGUCUACAAGGCGUGACAUGGACAUUCCGUCUAUACUUGCCUUCACUGCGACCGUACCUGAACCGGUACAUUUAGAAAUACCAGCCUUCCAAAAGGUAGAACCACAACGUGAGGAAAUCCCGCGGUGGUCUAUUCGUCGCUCGGUUUGUCCCGUCUGUUCUCAAAAAUGGAGAGACAAAAGCUCUAUAAAGAGUGUCAAAUAUUCAGGGCUGAAAAGAAAUUCAUCGUCUGAGCUGCCAUCUGUAAUAGCACCGGCUCGCUUGCGGACAUCAAUCACAAUGGGAUAUGCUCCUCGACUUAUACCUGCGGCGUUAGAUGAAGAAGUGGGAGUGGUUCCUGGAAGCCUUCGAAAUACAAGUGCCACAUGGCAAUUAACCCGAGCCCGCCGAUUCCGAACACCGAAACCUCUGUUACCACCUCCAGAAGCUACCGCACCUCCAAGUUGCAAUGCGUCAAUGGCGCGAAAAGAUUUAGACUUACGUGUAUCCAGAUUUCUUUCCGAUGAAUUUAAA